GAUCAGCGGUACUAGUUAGUCUUGGACUAUACAUCACCGUCACGGUCGUCUUAUUUGGUGCGCUCUUGAGUGGCUACUGAGCUGAGUCUGGUGGGAGCGAACGGCUCGUGGUGAUGGAGCCAGUCCGUCCCUGACCACGGCCAAGAAUAUGCACAUCCUGGAAAUAGGCGCCGAACAAGUGGUGCAGGAAGACGAGGGAGGACAGCCGCGGACUGCGCCGCAAGAGGCUACCUUCCGCACUGUUCCUCGAGAUCACACCACCUUUUUGAUCUGGAGAGUCACGGAAUCGGGCACAGAGCUUUUACAUCGGUCACACUAUGGCACAUUUUACGAUACAGAGGCGUAUUUGCUUUAUUCUUGCUCACUUCCGGGCCAGCCUGCUGGACCAGAUGUUAUUCGUCGUGAAACAAAAGAAAAUGGCAACGGAGAAUAUGCUGAGCGACAUGUGCAUACCUGGGCUAGCGAACGCAGCGGCACACUAGCGGCGCUGACUGUGCGACGCGCUACUCAACUAUUGAAUCAUUUAGGGACACCGGUCGUACUCUACCGGGAAAGCGCAACUAAAGAAUCACCGAGAAUGCUUUCAUAUUUUCGCGACGGUAUCAGGAUUCUCCGUAAUGGUUCCCUGAACGGUUCUGCUCGUUUAUACCGCGUGCGCGGUCACAGACCUGUGGUACUUCAAUUAGAACCUGUAUCAUGGGCUCAGUUAUCCUCAGACGGUGUGUUCGUGCUGGAUACGUCAAGCUUAAUCGUUUUAUGGCUUGGCCGUGCUGCUAAUUUAAUUGAAAAAAUUUUCGGCGCUAAGAUCGCAUAUCGCAUGGCACGUGGCCCAGAAAAGGGAAUGAUGAUACGACGCAUAGCAAUCGCGCAUGAUGGCUACGAACAAACAUUGCCAGUCGCAGAUCGCGAGCUUUUGAAUAAUCUUCUGGAACUUCGUUCACGUUCGAUUCGACCUCCGCCCACUGUCGCAGAAUCGCCGCGACCUGCAAGAUUAUAUAAAGUAACACAGCCGCCUAGAACAUCUCCCAUUAACGUCCCGUCACAAAAGUCAGCAGCAAGAUUGGAAGAAAUCAAACGAGCGCCUCUUUACAGAGAAGAUUUACACGAUGAUAGCGUGUAUAUAGUUGAUGGAGGGUCACGAGGAGUAUGGGCUUGGGUAGGCGCGAGCGCACCACCUUCCGAGAGUCGUGGAGCUCUCGCAGCAGCCCGAGGCCUCGCACGAGCGAAGAGGCUAUCGGGUCCGGUGGCUACAAUGGUCGCAGGACGUGAGCCGCUGGAGUUCGCAGCGUUAUUCCAUCGCUGGAGCUGGGCGGACGCGCGUCGUGACGUACGCGUUCGAGCAGCCCGCUCCGCCACCACCAAGCUGGACGCUGUCAGCCUCGCUUCUAAUGCAUGGCUGGCUGCUGAAGCGCAGCUGCCGGACGACGGGUCCGGCUCGCUGCGCGUGUGGCGCGUGUCGCCGGACGGCGCGCUGUGCGAAGUGGAGCGCCCGCAGCAGGCCGCCUUCUAUGACCAGGACUGCUACAUCGCGCUCUACACCUACCACGCUCCUACGGGAGACCAGACCAUACUCUAUUAUUGGAUGGGUGGCUCUUCGCCAAAUGAACUGAGGAAUUUGGGUGCUAAAGAAGCCAAAGAUCUCUACACAAAGUUAGCACGUCUUCCCAUUCAGGCUUGGAUAUAUCAAGGCAAGGAGCCGGCGCAUUUUCUGCAAAUCUUCAAAGGCCGGAUGAUUACUUACAUCGGAAGUGCAACCGAUUACGAUCCGAGUGGGCGUCGAGUGAUCACGCCACCACGCGCGCUGAUUCGCGUGUCAGGACAGUACGCGCGCGAGGCGCGCGGUGCUCAGGUGGGGCGCGGGGCGGGCGCGGGUGCGUGCUACGUGCUGCGUGACGGUGCGCGCGUGUGGGUGUGGUGCGCCGCCAGCGCCACCGGCGACGAGCGAGAGGUUGCCAAGAACAUGGCCGCCGCCGAUCACACGCUCGUCAUGCAGGGAAAAGAGAAAGCAGAUUUCUGGGCUGCUUUGGGCGACAGACGACACCUACUAGAGGUGUCCCCGCUUAAAGAAGUAGAGCGUCCACUACCGCCACGCUUGUUCUACGUGUCACUAGGCGUGGCCGGCCAAUAUUCGUUCGAGGAGAUAGCGUCGUUCAGCCAGUACGAGCUGGCGCCGGAGAUGGCGGCGCUGCUGGAUGCGCACGCGGCCGUGUUCGUGUGGCUCGGCGCGCACUGCGGGCCGCGCGCCCGGGACGACGCGCGCGCUCUCGCUCUGGCCUACCUCGCGCACGAUCCAGCAGCUCGAGACUCUGAAACUCCUAUAAUUGUAAUCAGCCAGGGCCGAGAACCACCAAACUUCACUGGAUUCUUUCCGCACUGGAAAAAUUCUAUGUGGAAGGGUCAUAAAACUUUUAGUGCAAUCGUGAGUGCUUUGGAAGGUAAAGCAAUCGUUCGUGGAAGUAACAACUCGUUAAACAGCGGCAACAGUGAGAACCGUUUCGACCAACACGAGAAGUACCCGCUGUCCGUGCUGCGCGGGCCCAAGGAGCACAUGCCGAGUGACGUCGAUCCGCUGACGAAGGAGCUAUAUCUAACCCACGAUGAUUUUGUGUCAACAUUUAACAUGGCCUACAACGAGUUCCGUUCACUGCCUUCGUGGAAACAAAAGGAACUGAAAAAAUCUGUGGGACUGUUUUGAAACAAUAACAUUUAACCUUACGCAUUUUCACAUCAUAUAAGUUUUAUCUUCUCACUCAACAUACACAUUAUUUACUCACCACUAUACUGUUUUAUAAUUUAUUUAGGAAAUAUCGAAAUGUAAUAAUGAACCUUAUUAUCAUAUAUGCAUUUGAUAUUU